CGAGCACUCGGUGUCUGGCCCUCCGCGUGGCCCGGACUCAGACCUCUUCGGGUGUCCGCGGUGCCGGGGAGGGCGCUGGGUGCCCACCCGGCGAAUGGCCGCCUGAGCCGGGGAAGAUGCUUCAUCUGCCCCUGCCCAGGUCGGGAAGGACGGUGAAUUUCCCCCGCAGCUGGGAUGAGAGCAGCUCCAUCAGCAGUGGGCUCAGUGAUGCCUCGGACAACCUCAGCUCAGAAGAGUUCAAUGCCAGUUCCUCCCUCAACUCCCUCCCAACGACUCCCACUGCUUCUCGCAGGAACUCCACAGUAGCGCUCCGCACAGACUCAGAGAAGCGCUCACUGGCCGAAAGUGGGCUGAGCUGGUUUAGUGAAUCAGAGGAGAAGGCCCCCAAAAAACUGGAGUACGACAGCGGUAGCCUGAAGAUGGAACCCGGGACUUCGAAGUGGCGGAGAGAACGGCCCGAGAGCUGUGAUGAUUCAUCCAAGGCUGGAGAACUGAAAAAGCCUGUGAGCCUGGGACACCCCGGUUCCCUGAAGAAGGGCAAGACCCCGCCAGUGGCUGUCACUUCCCCCAUCACUCACACCGCCCAGAGCGCCCUCAAAGUCGCAGGCAAACCUGAAGGCAAGGCCGCCGACAAGGGUAAACUUGCUGUGAAGAACACGGGGCUGCAGCGCUCCUCUUCGGACGCCGGCCGGGACCGCCUGAGCGACGCUAAGAAGCCUCCGUCCGGCAUCGCUCGCCCCUCCGCUUCGGGGUCUUUCGGCUACAAGAAGCCGCCGCCCACCACGGGCACAGCCACCGUCAUGCAGACGGGUGGUUCAGCCACUCUCAGCAAGAUCCAGAAGUCCUCAGGCAUCCCCGUCAAGCCUGUGAACGGACGUAAGACUAGCCUGGAUGUGUCCAACAGUGCGGAGCCCGGAUUCCUGGCUCCCGGUGCCCGUUCCAACAUCCAGUACCGAAGCCUGCCCCGGCCAGCCAAGUCGAGCUCUAUGAGCGUGACCGGCGGCCGGGGCGGACCUCGCCCUGUUAGCAGCAGUAUUGACCCCAGCCUCCUCAGCACGAAGCAGGGCGGCCUUACCCCCUCCCGACUAAAGGAACCUUCCAAGGUGGCCAGCGGGCGGACCACUCCAGCCCCUGUCAAUCAGACGGAUCGGGAAAAGGAGAAAGCCAAAGCCAAGGCAGUGGCCUUGGACUCGGACAACAUCUCCCUGAAGAGCAUUGGCUCCCCAGAGAGUACUCCUAAGAACCAAGCCAGCCACCCCCCAGCCACCAAGUUGGCGGAGCUGCCACCAACCCCUCUCAGGGCCACAGCUAAGAGCUUUGUCAAGCCACCCUCACUAGCCAACCUAGACAAGGUCAACUCCAACAGUCUGGAUCUGCCAUCAUCGAGUGAUGCCCACGCUUCCAAGGUCCCAGAUCUGCAUCCCACAAGCUCAGCAAGCGGGAGCCCUCUUCCUUCUUGCUUCACCCCCAGUCCAGCACCCAUUCUCAAUAUUAACUCAGCCAGCUUCUCCCAGGGCCUGGAGCUAAUGAGUGGUUUCAGUGUCCCCAAAGAGACCCGCAUGUACCCCAAACUCUCAGGCCUGCACAGGAGCAUGGAGUCCCUCCAGAUGCCAAUGAGCCUGCCCAGUGCCUUCCCCAGCAGUACUCCUGGCCCCACUCCACCUGCCCCCACCGCUGCACCCCCAGAGGAAGAGACAGAAGAGCUGGCCUGGAGCGGAAGCCCCAGAACUGGGCAAUUGGACAGUAAUCAGCGGGAUCGGAACACUCUUCCCAAGAAAGGGCUCAGGUACCAGCUUCAGUCCCAGGAGGAGACCAAGGAGAGGCGACACUCUCAUACCAUUGGUGGGCUGCCCGAAUCCGACGACCAGUCAGAGCUGCCUUCCCCCCCUGCACUCUCCAUGUCCUUGAGCGCAAAGGGCCAGCUUACCAACAUAGUGAGUCCCACUGCGGCCACCACGCCAAGAAUCACCCGCUCCAACAGCAUCCCCACCCACGAGGCGGCCUUCGAGCUGUACAGCGGCUCCCAAAUGGGGAGCACCCUGUCCCUGGCCGAGAGACCCAAGGGGAUGAUUCGGUCAGGAUCCUUCCGAGACCCCACGGACGAUGUUCAUGGCUCAGUGCUGUCCCUGGCCUCCAGUGCCUCCUCCACUUACUCCUCAGCUGAGGAGAGGAUGCAAUCUGAGCAAAUCCGGAAGCUUCGUAGGGAACUGGAAUCAUCCCAGGAAAAAGUGGCCACCCUGACGUCUCAACUUUCUGCCAAUGCUAAUCUAGUGGCAGCUUUCGAGCAGAGCCUGGUGAAUAUGACAUCCCGCCUCCGGCACCUGGCAGAGACAGCAGAGGAGAAGGACACUGAGCUGCUGGAUUUACGAGAAACUAUAGACUUCCUGAAGAAAAAGAACUCGGAAGCACAGGCCGUCAUUCAGGGAGCCCUUAAUGCCUCAGAAACCACCCCCAAAGGUAAGACAUCUGACCAUAGAUUGAAGGAGAACAGGAAUGGGGUUACUGGAGAUCUUUAUCUGUGCCUACAAUGUGCCAAGUCCCAUACCAGAUUUUUAGAAUGUGAGGGCACUUUGAUGCCCUUCAGUAUGAUGCUCUGGAGUGGUCAGGGCCAGGGGCAUGACCCUGCCAUCUCUGGGGAUGAGGGAGAAUUCAUCACUUGUAACACAUGCACCCCUCUGGUGGGGGAUGCUGAUAGUGGGGGAGACUAUGCAUUUUCAACUCAUGGGGAUCAGAGUCUCAAGGCUUCCCAUUGGAGGAAAUGCGUAUGGCCAUCAGGAGACUGCAUGUGCAAGCCUCCAUCUGUAGAUCCCUCUGCCAGUAACUGCAUUUCCCCUUCUAUCCAGGUCCAUGGACAGAAAGCCGCUUGGGAGGACCCAGUGGAGUGGGUCCGGGACACUCUUCCCUGGCCAUCAGCCCAACAAGACCAGUCGAAGCUAUACCACCUGCCCCCUCCCACCGUGGGCCCUCAUAGCAUUGCCUCACCUCCCGAGGAUAGGACAGUCAAAGAUAGCACCCCGAGUUCUUUGGACUCAGACCCCCUGAUGGCCAUGCUGCUGAAACUUCAGGAAGCUGCCAAUUACAUUGAGUCUCCAGAUCGAGAAACCAUCCUGGACCCCAACCUCCAGGCCACGCUUUGAGGGUCCAGCAGUCACUGUCACCCCGGACAGCAGAAUGCUGGCAUCAGCGACGUUCUCUCCUCCUCUCCCCUCUCUUCUUCCAGAGGACUGGCUCUCUGGCCCAAGAGAACAGGAGGGGGAGGAGGAGGUGAAGGAAGAGGGCAGGUUCUUGGUGCUGCACCUUGAGAACUUCCUAGUAAGGACUGGUGGGGUGGAGUUUGGAAACUUGUGUCCCCUAGAUAUAUUUACUGGCCUCCUCUCAUGACUUUGGGGAAAAGAUGAUUCUGGGUCUUUUUCCUUGAUUUCGUGUCUCAAUUAUAAACUCCUAGGCUUUCUGGGGAGGGGUUCAGAAGACCUCAGAAAAACCGGCAGCAGUUCCUAACUGAUUCUCACGAAGAGCUCUGGGAGAGACAGCCCUGUGUGGGGAAAUCUGAGGGAGGUGGAAGCUCCCCAGAAUUUCUCGCAGACCCUUCCGAGUUCCGUCACCACUGCCAAUAACUCUUCCCCCAGAGAUCUGGCUGGAGCCCAGAAAAAGAAGCAUGUGGUUUAAAAAAAUGUUUAAAUCAAUCUGUAAAAGAUAUUUUAAAAAAACACAAAAAAAGAAAGGAAAAGAUGACGCUGGAGAGAGAGGAAGAAGUUGCCAAAGGAGAGAACGUGCUGCCCAUCCCUGGAUGACUUAGGGGAUGAAGACAAGAUGGCUGCCUAUCUCGGAAGUCACCAGACCACAACAAUAGCAUUCCAGCCUUCAAAGAAAGACUGUUAGCUCUGUCUUAUACCCUCUAAUUUAACAUGCAUGAGUCAAUAAACCCUACUUUUUUUAUUUUUUAUUUUCGCUUUUUGUUUUCUUUUUUUUCCCCUCCCGUGUGCCUAUUUAUUUUCCUUUUCUUUCUUUUUUUUUUUCCAUUUCCUCUCAUGUCCACAAAAUGCUUGGGUUGCUUUUCCUGGGGCUAGUUUGGCUUUUCCAAGUGGGUUUUCUUCGGAGAAUCUGAUGCCAUCUAAUUGACACUAGCUAGAUGCCUGCCAUGCCACUAUUUUUGGCAUCCUUGGGACUUACAGGAGACCCGAAGCAUUGGCUCAGACAAAAGUAGUAAAAGAACCUUGACUUCCCUUUUGAGAAAGCACACGUUCUGCCUGGGAGCUCAGCUGCCAGCCUCCAGUCUGAGAGUGUAUCACCCCAUGUUGAUAGAAGAUCUACUCUGAGCUCCACGCUGGACUGGAGGAAAACCAGGAAACUGGGAAUAUUCCUUUGUCUUGUGGCCUGUUGGGCCCCCCAUUGCGCUAUUCUGAUGGCGGCCACUCUGCUCAACUGAAUCAAAAAUCCGUAGCUGGCCUUUACUAUUUGUUCUUGACAAGUAAAUAUUCACUUACAGGAGACUGGACAUCCAUAUGAAAUACUCCCAGUCAGAAUAUAAGGUUCAAGGAGUUUGACUUGGUGGCAAAGAUCUGCCUUCUAAAGGGAUCCACCUUCAGUAGAAGUUGCCCCGAAGGCCUGGCAGUCUAUAUGCUUUCACUCAGCAAGGACUUACUGAGUACUUACUGUCUGCCAGUCACCAGGUUUAAAAAAACAAAAAAGGCAAGACUUGAGCUGUUGUGUUCACAAUCUAGUAGGAAAUCUUAACCUCCAUUAAGUGCACAUCCUCUGCUUAUCUAGACCCUCAGGAUCAUCUAAGAAAUGUAGCCAAAACCCAAGGUGCCAGCUAGAAAGAAGCCUUUGAUUAGAUGUCUAAUACAUGGGGGGCAGAAGAUCUGGGAUCCAUUAAGAUGGACCCUGAAGGACUAUGGAGCCUUGCUUAUCUCAAGUGGACAAGUCCUCUACCUGCCAUUUCUGGAAGCCCCUGUGGGAUGAGAUCCAGGCUGAACUGCCUGGCGAGGAUGAAGUUUCAGGGCUCUACAGAUCAAAGACCUGUGAUGAGCCUGGGCCCAAGUGUGCAUUCUUCAGAUUCCUAUGUAGCACAAGACCUUAUCCGAAUCUACAGGCAUACUCACCUGGACUGUUCUUUCCCACCCAGCCAAGGAGUACAUGCAUCUGACUCUUCAUAUCAGAAUCUUUCCAUUUAGGUCCAACAGAUGGUUCAGGUUGCUCCCCAAGAAAGCUUCCGCAUUCAUCUGGUAGCUCCCAGGGAUGACAGGGUCCUCUAUGCUGGAGACUUUUAGUGCUUUUGCUGCUAAGUCCAUGAGCUGUGAAUAUCCCCAACAACUCAGCUGUAAAAUAUGCAAUUCUGUGGUGGGAAGAGGCUGUUUGUUCAAGGAUGGUGCUGAUAUCAUUGCCUUAAGGUCUCUGCUGUGCAGAAUGAGGAGGCCCCAGAGCUGGAUGUUCCAACUUGGAAGGAAGGGAGGACCAGAUGGGCCUUCUUUGGACCAAGGCCUCUUCUGAACCCUGUCCUUAGCUCCAGUCCCAUGGCAAGGCUCAGACUUUUAAUGCCAUCUUGAUCAGGUGGUUGAGCCCUUAACUCUACUUUCUGGUGCUGCCCAGCCAGUGCCUUCUAUCAUGGAUGUUACUGGCUACUUGAGAAAAAGGAAAGGGGAGAACCCCUUCCUCCAUUCCAACUGCCUCAGACCUCCAAAGGGAUUCUUGGCUCCCUGGUAACCAUGGAUACCACCAUGAAUUUUACUUGGAUCCUCAGCAGGUUGAUUCUGGAGGCCUCUCAUGUUACUAAUUUUACUCUCUAUUUCUGGGACCCACCACCCUCUACUCUGAGUUGACUGCUGCAUUUAGCCCAGGUCUCUAGCUGCUUUCCUCCAAAAGUGUGUUCCCAUCUAAUGAGGUGGCACUGCAGCCUCAGCUUUCCCUCUGGAGCCUGGGACCCUGUUUACAGUUGCACACUUGGGCCCCUCAUUGUGGGGAUUUGUUGUCUCACCAAGGAAUCAUGCUUAUGUGGCAACUGCAGAAAGUUGAGCCUCCUCAUGGUGCUAUAACCCCUUGGGGUGCUCAUCCAGACUUCUCUGAAGCAGAAAACCUGAGUUUCCCCCUUACUGCCCUAGAACUAAUGACAAGAGCGAAUCCACAGCAUUCUCUCCUACCUACGCACCUGCUUCUUAGUUGAGACUCUGGGAUCCCUCCGAAAAUGAAAACUGGGUCCCACGGCUAAUUUCUCAGCCCCUGGGCACCUUCAGAAGAACCCAGCCUAUGUAGGACUGGGAUGUGUGCUCUCCCCUUCCUCUCCAGACCCUCAACUCCAUUCCUCACCAAAGUGGGCUAGCAGAUGACAUGGUUCAAUACCCAACAUCAACUUCUGGGGAGAGCCAUGACUCCAGGAGAGGUUCCUCCGCAGACUCCCUCUCAUUUCUGGAUGAAGACGACCACAACACAUUCUGUCCAGUGUAUGUGUUUCUCAAUCCCUGCCUAGGCAUUAAAAAUAAAAUACUAGGUAAUUGGAGGCUAAUACAGGACCUGAUGUCUGUGUGUGUCUCUCUUCCCCCCCCCCCGCCCCCGCCUUCAAGAGCACUUUGCGGUUGCUGUUUCCUAACUUCUGAGGCUUCAGAAUAUUUUCAAAAAAUCUAUGCUUUGUGGCAGCUCUACGGUGCUUAUCUCUGUCUUUGUGUGAAUCCUUAUACCAACGUCUUUUUCAUGUAGUCUGACCAUUGGGAAGCUAGAGGCUGACAGGGAAGAAAGAUUUGCUGUCCAUGGACAGACCCUACAAUGAAGUCCUUAUUGAUUGGCAUGCUACAUUUUGGUCUUGAAUUACCAGCCUUCUAACUAAUCUAUUCAUACUCCUUAAGGAUUUCAGAAGAAAUAGUGAUUUUUUUUUUCAGUUCAUUUCAUUUCUGGCUUUUUGGUUUUCCUGUUUGCAAGACUCCCAAUGGACCUAAUCUCACCACGCCUCCACUCCUAGCUCCCUGACAUGAGGGUCACACGAUUCAGAGGGACACUCCCUUCCAGUCUUGGAGGUCACUAGUUCUGUGGUAUUCCAAAAGAGUAGGAAGACAACAGCCUGCUCUUUCUCACAAACACCUCACAUCAUCACCUGAGAGGACACCCAUAUCCAGAAACCCUGCUUAUAGGUGAAAUUUGCCAGACCGAGUGGGACUUGGUCCUACAAGCCAGCAUCAGGAGACCUACAGGAGACUAAGAAUUCUUUAUUUCAGGGUGUUUAGGAAAGGAAGCUGUUCUUGUCCUAAUCACAGGUUUAACACAGGGUUCAAGUGUUAAAGUAAUCCAGAUCACCAAAUGUAACUCCUCAUCAUACUUAUUUUUCUUAUUCUCGGGCCUUAGCUAAGCUGACGCUAAUAAGCAGACUAUAAGUCAACCCCACUGACGGGCUGAAAUGUGUUUUUCCAGCCAGAGGUUUUGCUAAUGGAUAUACUAAUUUAAUGCUGGUACACUCUUUUGAUGACUAGGAACUACUAGCAAGUUCUGGCUACUAGUGGUUCAUGGCUCCACUAAAGAGGCCAUAAAUAAUAAAAUGGCCUUAGGGACACUGUGUUCCCAAAAGGCCAAUGCCUGAAGAUAAUUGCCCUUUAUACUUGAAUCAGCUUUAUAUAUUCAUGAGUCCUCAACCAACCUGAUCAGGGAUCUAUGGGGCCACCAAGUGGGCCCUCCCCACUGCCGAGGAUCCAUGUGUGUGCAGAUGCGAGCUCAGCCUAGCCCUGGAAGCAAGCACUGCCAGCCAGAGACUGGGAAACAGAAGUAAACUGGAAGAUGAGGACCCCAAUAGAAAUUUGAAGGCUGCAUAGAGACCAUUAGAGUUGAAAAUUAAACCUAUGUAUACUGGCUCCUCCCAGUUUGAUGUUUUGGCUAUUUUUCUGAAUGAUUAUGCCAUGGAGAAUUUUCUGUUGACAAGAGUGGUCAUGGAAGUAAGUGGACCCUUGGUCCCUUGAUUCAACUCUCAUUUCUUAGAAUACUGGUUUUCAUCCUAUGUUUCCAGACCAGCAGCUGCGGCAACAUCUGGGAACUUGUUAAAAAUGAAAUUAUCAGGCCCCAUCUCAGACCUACUGAAUCAGAAACUAAGGAGAGGGCCCAGCCAUUUGUGUUUUAACAAACCCUCUUGGUAAUUCUGAUGCACGCUACAGUGUGAAAGUCACUUUUUUAAAGGGAAAGGCAAGCAGCAGAGUCCCCACACCGAGGGGCUUUAGGACCAAAAAAUAAGGUCCUAGGUUGUAAUUCAGGCUUUUACAUUAAUUUGAAAGUUACCUUUCCCAUGCUUCCUUAUGUUUCUGUUUUUCCUUUUAUUUAACACAGAAAAGGUUCAUGUGCCCUUGGGCAGACGGGAGGGGGAAAGCAGGAAUCUCUUUGAGUUGAACACAAUCUUCAGAGAAAAAUCUCCUGGCUCUGAAAUUUUUACCUGGGAAACGAAUGGGCAGUAGCUGAAGCAAGCAGUUGGAGGUCUCUUCCAGACUGCUCUUCUGCUAGAUUGUGUCUACUCCAAGGCUUUUUCUGAUUAUAUAAUAGGAUGAGAAAAGUCAGAAAAUCUCAUUUGUAUUUCCAUGGCAACUUGUGCUCUUAGCAACAUCCCCUCUCCUUUAGUUGAGUUCUAAAUGGCACUGCUGGGUCUGAGAAACCUGGCCAGAACCUCCUUCCCCGGGGCAGCUGGAGGGCUCCAGUACCCCGAGGAAGACCCCGUCUCCAUGCUCUGCUCCGCUCACAGGACGGGCUGAAGCACAAUGAAGAUGCAGGACAGGGACAACUAAGUCCCUGGGCUCAUCCUUUCCUUUCCCCACGCCAGGCCUAGGGUACAGAAUGACUCAGCCACAGUGACAGAAUAAAAUCCUUUAAAAAAAAAAAAAAUCUGAGAGGAGCUUCUUAUCUUUUCAGAUUCUAGAUGGUGGGGCCAUGGGGUAGAUGAGGCUAUUGACAACUGGUUUUGUUUCAAGUUUGUCAGUUUUCCCUGUGAGGGAGCUUAUGGGUAGAGGACAAAGUAAUGUGCUAGUACUAGGCCUCUUGAAAUCUAGGACCAAGCAUCUGGGGAGGAACUAAGGCUGGAAGAAGACAAGUGUAAAACAGAUUUCACUAAAAUCACCCCUUCGGUCCCCCCGAAGGCCUAUAACGGGCCUUUGGUCAUCUCCUGUGCGAUCUUCCUGCUUCCUUCCCAUUCCUUGGAGACUGAAGAUGUUAGAUAAUAAGCCAAGAGCUCCCAUAUCCCAGCCAGUGUCUGGGCUCCUGCUGUGCAGGAGCCUCCCACUUAAUGACUUUUGUUACUGUUGUUGUUUUUUGUGUGUUGUUUUGUUUUUGUACCAGAACAAUCUUUUUUUUUUAAUGAAUUCCAACCCCUACCAGAUUUCUUUCCUUCCCUCCCCCUCCCACCCCCAUCCUGUUUUAGGCAGCACUGUUUAUGUGAUGGAGACUGUGUUUCUCAAGUGCAUGGCAAUCCUCAGGUGGAAAGUGGGGAGGAAUUUUUGCACCAGGUUUUUGUGUGUUUUUUUUAAUUUAUUGGACAUAAAGCCCCAAACCAGGAUAUGUAUGUACCUGUGUGUUUGUUUUUUCUCAUUUGACCCUCCCCUCUUUCAAUCUACCCCCUUUUAUAUCUAAUGUAGAGAAAGCAAAUUUGAACCUGGAAAGCAAACCGUUGUAUAUAGUUGCGGUAACAAUCAUGAAGAGAGCUGAGCUGUCCCCUCAGUAAUUUGUUUUAAGUAACAAAUUGGUUGAAAAUUAAAUCCAUGCCAGGCCAGCUGAAGAGGCCUUCCUCCAUCACUGCCAGAGGCCCCUCUCAUCUGGGCCCUCUGUUCCAUCAGGCAUGUCUCCUCCCAGCAAGAUUCAUCUGUUUGAUGCCAUUUGCGUUUCAAUAAAGUUAUCUCCUGUAUUGUC